AUGGCGAAUCUCAACUUCGCGCACUCCGAUGCGCCGCUCAAGACGGUGCAGGAGAUCCAGUUCGGUCUCCUGUCGCCCGAAGAGAUCAAGAACAUGAGCGUAGCUCACAUCAUCUACCCCGAGACCAUGGACGACUCGCGGCAGAAGCCCCGAGUGCAAGGCCUGAACGACCCUCGCCUGGGCUCCGUCGACCGCCAGUUCAAGUGCCAGACCUGCCAACAGACCAUGAACGAAUGUCCGGGUCACUUUGGCCACAUCGAGCUCGCUAAGCCUGUCUUCCACCCGGGCUUCAUCAAGAAGAUCAAGAAGAUCCUUGAGACCGUCUGUCAUAAUUGUAGCAAAGUUCUGGAAGACAGGAACAACCCCGAGUUCGCUGCUGCCGUCAACACGCGAGACAAGAAGGCGAGGUUUCAGAAGGUUUGGGGUGUGUGCAAGGAUAAGAACGUUUGCUCCAACGAAGUCCCUAAGGAGGAUGAGGAGUACGACCCCGGCAGCAAGCCCCAGAAGCACUCCCACGGAGGCUGCGGCAACGAUCAGCCCAAGAUCCGCCAGACCGCCCUCCAGCUCUGGUCCAUGUUCGAGAGCAAGGACGAUGACGGCAACAAGGUCAAGGACAAGCGACUCCUGACGCCCGAGAUGGCGCUCAACAUUCUCAAGCGCAUCUCAGAUGAUGAUCUGGUCGACAUGGGCCUCAACACCGACUAUGCCCGCCCGGAGUGGAUGGUCAUCACAGUCCUGCCAGUGCCGCCUCCGCCUGUACGGCCCAGUAUUUCCAUGGACGGUACAGCUACGGGUAUGCGCAACGAGGACGAUUUGACGUACAAGCUCGGUGACAUCAUUCGCGCCAACGGAAACGUUCGUCAGGCCAUACAGGAAGGCUCGCCCGCGCAUAUUGCGUCUGAGUUCGAGCAGCUCCUGCAAUAUCACGUGGCCACUCUGAUGGACAACGAUAUUGCUGGCCAGCCACAAGCUCUGCAAAAGAGCGGCCGACCUGUCAAGUCCAUACGAGCUCGUUUAAAGGGAAAGGAGGGCCGUCUCCGAGGCAAUUUGAUGGGAAAGCGUGUCGACUUUUCAGCGCGUACAGUCAUCACUGGUGAUGCCAACAUCUCGCUUCACGAGGUCGGUGUUCCUCGCAGUAUCGCCAGGACCCUGACAUACCCCGAGACCGUGACCAAGUACAAUGCUGGUCGUCUAAUGGACGCGAUUGCCAAUGGUCCCGACGAGUGGCCCGGUGCCAAGUACGUAAUCCGGGCGGAUGGUUCUCGAAUCGACCUGCGGCAUCACAAGAACAGAAGCGACAUCAAGUUGGACUACGGUUGGAAGGUGGAAAGACACCUUCUGGACGGUGACUAUAUUAUUUUCAACCGUCAGCCCUCCCUUCACAAAGAGUCUAUGAUGGGUCAUCAGGUCAAGGUCAUGCCUUACUCAACCUUCCGACUCAACCUGUCGGUCACGUCGCCCUACAACGCCGAUUUCGAUGGAGACGAGAUGAACCUUCACGUCCCCCAGACGGAGGAAACCCGUGCCGAGAUCAAGGAGCUGUGCUUGGUCCCGCUGAACAUUGUUUCGCCCCAAAGAAACGGUCCCUUGAUGGGUAUCGUCCAGGAUACCUUGGCAGGUGUGUACAAGAUGUGCCGUCGGGACAACUUCCUCACCAAGGAGAUGGUCAUGAACCUGAUGCUGUGGGUCCCUAACUGGGACGGAAUCAUCCCCCCUCCGGCCAUCGUCAAGCCGAGACCGCGCUGGACUGGUAAGCAGAUUGUCAGCAUGAUCAUCCCGACAGAGAUCAGUCUGUACACCAAGCCAGGUCCCGGCAGUGGUUCUGCCUGGUGUCCGACCGACGAUGAUGGUGUCCUCAUCCAGUCGGGCGAGGUCCUUUUCGGACUUUUGAGCAAGAAGGUUGUCGGUGCCGCUGGAGGUGGUAUCGUACACUUGGCCUACAAUGAGUUGGGAGCUGAGGGCGCUAUGGCUUUUCUUAAUGGGUGCCAGCGCGUCGUCAACUAUUGGCUCUUGCACCAUGGUUUCAGCAUCGGUAUAGGUGAUACGAUUCCUGACAAAGCCACCAUCGAGAAGGUUCAAGUACACAUCGACGACCAGAAGCAAAUCGUUGCCGACUUCACGGCCCAAGCUACCAACAACGAGCUGGAGGCCGCUCCCGGUAUGAACAUCCGAGAAACCUUUGAGAGCAAGGUCUCAGCCGCCCUCAACGCUGCCCGUGAUAAGGCGGGUAAUACCACACAAAAGAGUUUGAAGGAUAUCAACAACGCCAAGCUCAUGGCCGACUCGGGUUCCAAGGGUUCAUCUAUCAACAUCUCCCAGAUGUCUGCUCUGGUCGGUCAGCAGAUCGUCGAGGGCAAGCGUAUUCCCUUUGGUUUCAAAUACCGAACCUUGCCCCAUUUCACCAAGGAUGACUACUCACCUGAGGCACGUGGCUUCAUUGAAAACUCAUACCUAAGAGGCUUGACACCCUCGGAGUUCUACUUCCACGCCAUGGCUGGUCGUGAGGGUCUUAUUGAUACUGCUGUCAAGACGGCCGAGACAGGUUACAUUCAACGUAGAUUGGUCAAGGCACUCGAAGAUGUCAAGGUUGAGUACGACGGUACCGUUCGUAACUCGCUAGGCGACAUCAUUCAAUUCAUCUACGGUGAGGAUGGUAUUGAUGCCAUGAUUGUGGAGAAACAAGGCAUGAACCACUGGGGCUUGCGAACAGUUGACUUCGAGAAGCGCUUCAAGGUCGACAUCAUGGAGGGCGGCAGCUCUAUCAUCGGAGCUGUUGAACAAGCCAACACACUCAUCCAUGAUGCCGAGACGCAAGCUCUUCUAGACGAGGAGUUCGAGCAGAUCUGUAAGGAUCGUGACUUCCUCCGCGCUUUCAAGAUGAACUCGGAGAAGCUGGAAGACACCAUUCAGCUUCCUCUCAACAUCACACGCCUGAUCCAGUCAACCAAGAAAUUCCUCAAGGUGGACGAAAACGCCCGUACCGACCUGCACCCCAAGGACGUCAUCCUUCCGGUCAGGGACUUGCUCAACAGGAUGGUAGUUGUCCAAGGAUCUGACCCCAUUUCCAAGGAGGCCGACGAAAGCUCGACACUGCUUUUCAAAGCCCUGCUGCGGUCUCGUCUGGCCUACAAGCACAUAGCGCUCGAACAGCGGUUGACGAAGGCUGCCUUCGAACACGUGAUGGGAGAGCUCGAGAGUCGAUGGUCUCGUGCUAUGGUUGACCCCGGUGAGAUGGUCGGUGUUCUUGCCGCCCAGUCCAUCGGUGAACCUGCCACGCAGAUGACGUUGAACACUUUCCAUUUCACUGGUGUGUCGUCUAAGAACGUCACUCUCGGUGUACCGCGUCUCAAGGAAAUUCUCAACGUCGCCAAGGACAUCAAGACGCCCGGCAUGAUGGUGUAUCUGGAGCAGGGAGGUGCACAGAAGGACAACGCUAUGAAACUCCGAAGCAAAGUCGAGCACACUAACUUGCGCGCUGUCACCGCCAUGAUUGAGAUCUACUACGACCCGGAUAUUCAAUCGACCACCAUUGAAGAGGAUGAGGAUAUGGUUAGUUCCUACUUCGUCGUUUUCGAUGAGGCCACCGAAAACCUGGACAGACAGUCACGCUGGGUAUUACGUAUUGUUCUGGACCGUCAGAAGCUGCUUGACAAGAACUUGACCGUCGAAGAUGUUGCCAACCGUCUUAGGGAAGACUACAGCAGCGAUUUGGCCGUCAUUUGCAGCGACAACAACGACCUUACUCAGGUUAUUCGUGUGCGCAACAUACCCGACCCCAAGAUGGCUGAGGAAGACAUAGAGGAGGAUGUCAUGCUCAAGCGGCUUGCAGAGCAUCUGCUCAACACCCUUACGCUCCGUGGUGUCAAGGGUAUUGAGAGAGCUUUCCUUACCCAAGGCGCCAGAGUCGCAGUGGACUCCAGUGGUGCUCUUCUCCAGAAGAAGGACAACCCUGUUUGUGAGGAGUGGUAUCUUGACACGCAAGGCACGUCUCUCCGUGACGUCUUGGCCGUUGAUGGUGUCGAUGCCACGCGUACGAUCUCUAACGAUCUUUGGCAAACGGUGGAGGUGUUCGGUAUUGAGGCAGCUCGACGAGCUGUGCUCGACGAGUUGCGACGUGUCCUUGCCUUUGACGGUUCCUAUGUCAACGAACGCCAUCUGUCUCUACUCGUAGACGUCAUGACAUACCGUGGCAGCAUCGCCGCUGUAACCCGACAUGGUAUCAACAGGGCUGACACUGGUGCUCUUAUGAGAUGUUCUUUCGAAGAGACCGUGGAAAUUCUCUUGGAGGCUGCCGCCACAGGCGAAAUGGAUGACUGCCGCGGCAUUUCUGAAAACGUUAUGCUUGGCCAGUUGGCACCUAUGGGUACAGGCCACUUCGAUGUGUUCCUGGAUCCCAAGAUGCUUGAAACUGUCAUUUCCGAGAGCUCUCUCAUGGGUAUGGCUGGAAUCAAUAUGAAGGGCGAUCAGACAGGCGCGGCUACGCCAUAUGACAUGCGUUCGCCGGUCGGCGAUUCGGGUUUGAUGGGCUUCACAUCACCCUCCAUGGGCAUGGCCGGUCAGUUCUCGCCCAUCGCUGGCUCCGAUUCUCCUGCCCGCGCGGGCUUCGGCACGGAUUACGGCGGUUUCGGUGGUGCCAGUCCCUACGGACCUCGGAGUCCUGGUGCGACAUCGCCUACAUCGCCAUUCAGCACAUAUGGCGGUGGCUACUCGCCUACUUCUCCUGGAGCUGGCUACUCUCCUACCUCGCCUCUCAUGGGUGGCGGCAGAUAUGCAAGCUCUCCGCAGUUCAGCCCCUCAUCGCCAUCAUUCUCGCCUUCCUCGCCUGGAUUCUCGGGUACUAGCCCAGCCAGUCCCAACUAUAGUCCGACGUCGCCCAGCUACUCGCCGACUUCUCCAUCGGCCACGCGCUACUCGCCCACGUCUCCGACGGCCGCCUCACCGUCAUACUCGCCCACCAGCCCCAACUACAGCCCGACUUCACCCAAUCUGGCUGUGGCUGCAUCUCCUUCAUUUAGCCCUACCUCGCCUAAUGGUUAUUCUCCCACUUCUCCGAAUUACUCGCCUACGAGUCCUGUCUAUGGUGGAGCCGCUCAACAAUCUCCUACGAGUCCUCAAUACUCGCCCUCGUCGCCUCAAUGGUCACCUAAGACGCCUGGGCCCGGUGGUAAUACCAGCCCGAAGUUCUCUCCAACCUCUCCCCGAGGCGACUAG